CUCGGCUUAGUUGCGCACUCAUUGUCCUGCUGGCUGGUCGAAUUGGCCAGAAGGGAAACCAGAUCCAGUCAAAGACUCAGAGCCAGAGCCAGAGCCGGAACCAGAGCUCAAAACUCCAGAAGUCCAUUGAGAACUCUUAUCCAAUAAAAUAUCCCCUCACAUUUAAUUCCACGAAUCCCUACUUUAUCCAGCCACAAGUAAAAACUUUAAUCAAAAAGUUUUGGCAUUCGAAAAAAUUAAAAUUCAAAUUAAAAAUAAAAAUAAAACUAGACCGCCAAGAAGCCAGCGGUGGGCCAACAGAUCAGCAGGCGAGCAGAAGUUUUCCGGGAAAAACUUUGAAUAUGUGGCAAAAGUUUUGAAGUCCACCUGAAAAUAUACUUUGUUGUGCUUUUGUUUACUUCAUUACGGAAUUCGCGCGAAAGAUUUCCCGCUGAUAAUGAGCUUGGGGGGGAAAAACUAAGUGCACGGCAAUCGAAAGUUCGAAUAACUUUUUUUUUUGGUGGAAGCAUGCUACAACAGUGUACUCUAUGCCAAAGAAUGGAAUCUCUAGAAUACGAAUCUCAAGUGCAGGAAACACUCAAUUAAAGCACUUGGUGGCGUGUGUGGUCGGAACUCUUAAUUGUUUGGCUUGACAAGUGCUUGUCUGAAGAAAAGGCGAAAGAGGCGAAAAGGUGGCGGAGUGGAAUGGCAAAACCACAAAUUAGUUUGCCAAAAAAAGCCAAUUAUCGCCUGCCAGAGAGAGAGAGAGAGAGAGAGACAAAUGUUUUUGUUUGAGUUUGAGCGAAAAGUGUAAGUGAAAAAUGCAAUUAAUUAGUUGUAUCUCUAAAUAAACAACAAAAUAAAACCACAAGAGACCGAAGAGAACUCUCUCAAAGACAGAAAACACAGUGCGAAAUGGUUUAAAGAUACAGAUCAAAACAUUGGCAGCAUUAUCUAGCACCAUGGACAUGGAUUAUAUGGAGGCCAUAGCCAGCAGCAGCAGCGGCGGCGGCGGCGGCAGUGGCAGUGGCAGUGGCAGCAACAUAUCAACAUCAGAAGCCACAACAGCCUUCAGCGAUGGCAAUGCAACGGCGGAAAACGGCGGGAACGCAAGCUUGGCCGUCGGCACAACGCCCGACUCUACGGAUUACAUGUCCGGCGAUGAUGAGGAGAUGCUGCGCAUCGCCUUCUUUAUCGGGGACUUUGUGCACCAGUACUACAUUCCGAUACUCUGCUGCACGGGCAGCAUCGGCAACAUCCUCUCCGUGUUUGUCUUCUUCAAGACGAAGCUACGGAAGCUAUCGUCGAGCUUCUACCUGGCGGCGCUGGCCGUGAGCGACACCUGCUUUCUGGGCGGGCUCUUUGCCCAGUGGCUGAACUUCCUCAAUGUGGACAUCUACAACAAGAACUACUUCUGCCAGUUCUUCACGUUCUUCAGCUACCUGGCCAGCUUCUGUUCGGUGUGGUUUGUGGUGGCCUUCACCGUGGAGCGCUUCAUAGCGGUCAUCUAUCCAUUGAAGCGCCAGACCAUGUGCACUGUCCGGCGGGCGAAGAUAGUGCUCGCGUGCCUGACUCUGGCCGGAUGUCUGCACUGUCUGCCCUACAUCCUGAUUGCCAAGCCCGUCUUUAUACCCAAGUUAAAUGCCACUAUUUGUGAUCUCAACACGGAAUAUAAAGAGCAACUGGCCCUGUUCAACUACUGGGACUCGAUUGUCGUCUAUGCGGUGCCCUUCACCACCAUCGCCGUGCUGAACACCUGCACGGGCUGCACGGUGUGGAAGUUUGCCACCGUCCGACGGACCCUCACCAUGCACAGGAUGAAGCCGCAGACAACCAGCAUGCCAUCGAGUUCAACGAGCCCCUCGGCAGUCGCCUCGUAUCGCAUUUCGGCAUCAUUGAAGCGCCAGAAGUCCACUGGCACGCAUCCGAGUGGACAGCACAGUGUGGCCAGGCAGCAGGAGGAGCACCAGCACCAGCACCAGCAGGAGCACCAGCAGCAGCAUCAUAUAAACAGUUGUCAGCACCAUUGCGAGAUUACCAAGAAGUCAGAUCGUCGCCAUAAGGUGCAGAACUCGUCGCAGCUGAAGGUCACCAAAAUGCUGCUCAUUGUCUCGACGGUUUUCGUGUGCUUGAAUCUGCCAAGCUGCCUGCUGCGCAUCGAGGCCUACUGGGAGACCGAAUCGGCCAGGAAUGAGAACUCAACAAUUGCUUUGCAAUAUAUAUUUCACGCUUUCUUCAUCACGAAUUUCGGCAUCAAUUUUGUGCUCUACUGCGUCAGCGGACAGAAUUUUCGCAAAGCAGUACUGAGCAUUUUCCGGCGAGUCUCCGCCGCCCAGCGAGAGGCGGGCAACACUCAGGUGACAGUGUCGGAAUAUUGCCGCAAUACUGGCACCUCUACCCGUCGGCGGAUGAUGACGCAGCACUGCUGGAACGAAAUGCACGAGUUGCAUCCACUCAAGUGAGGCAAGUGAGACAAGCGGGUGCGAAGCUAUAAAGCAGCUGCCAUGCCUCCACCACUUGUGAGAGGCGAAUAGCGAAUGGCAAAUGGAGGGAAAAAGCGCCCGGGGAUGGAUAAGCAGGAAUUUCGAUUUUAAUUAGAUCGCAGCAAACGAAACACACAAAAAAUACACGAAACAAAAAACAAACAAAAAACAGCAAAGAUAAAGCACACAAAAAACGAAAAG